GAACGUGAAAAGCUCUACUUUAGCUUUGACCCCUCCAAUCUCUCCCUCUCCCCCCCCCUCUCUCUCUCUCUCUACUCUUUCCAACACUCUUCAAAGCUUUUCCUUUUCUUUCCUCCUUUACUCUUUCUUCUUCCAUUUCUCCAUCUCUCUCCACACAUUUGGCCCUCUUGGCGGAGAGAUCACACUCUCUUUAUCUUCAUACUGCCGUUCUUGCUGCAUUUGCUGGAGGAGCAAAAGCCAAGUUCUGACCUUUGUAGCUUCAGAUACCUUUCUUUUGUUGAUGGAGUUGGAGAUGAGUGAAAUUGACACAAAUAAUGGAGAGAGCUGCAUGAUGAACUGGGAGUCUGACUGAUGGGUUUGUUUAGUUUGGUUAAUUCAACAAGUUUUUGCUUUUGCCAAUGGCCUCAAAAUCUUGCGUCAGAACUUCUCCUGGAAAGCAGAGAAACGGCACUGAUAACCAAAUGUUAGAAGGAAAUUCUCGCAGGCCUUCACCUUUGCAGGUUUCAAAAACAAGUAAAUCAGAAUCUGUCACGGCCAAAAAUUUUCCUAGAAGUGUGCAUCAAGCUACCCCUAAGCAGGUCAGCAAGGAAGCAAUAGAGGACAAGAAAGCACUGAAUUCUCAACAAAAGGGGUCUUCCAAUAAUUUAGCUGAUAAAUUGCAUUCAGGAUUAUCUUUGGAUGAUCUGAAACACAUGCCAAUGAAUGGGAACCCCACAGUCAGUGAUAAUAGGGGUUCAAUUGAGGCUGGAACUUAUCAGGACAAGAAAGCAUCAGACUCUGGAACUGUAAAGGAUAGCUCAGCUUCUGCGAAAGUUAGUGAUGGAACCAAUAGCCUUGCAAAGACAAGUGGAAGUGCUAAAAUUAGCGAUCGAGCUGAGCUUGUUGAGAGUGGAAAGAGCAGCAUGUGCAGGGGUAGCACAAGCACUGAUGUAAGUGAUGAAAGUACUUGUAGCAGCUUAAGUAGCAGUAUUAACAAACCUCACAAGGCAAAUGACUCGAGGUGGGAAGCCGUCCAAGUUGUCCGAGCAAAAGACGGGGUCUUGGGUUUGAGUCAUUUCAGAUUGCUAAAGAGGUUGGGAUGCGGGGAUAUCGGAAGUGUCUAUCUCUCAGAGUUGAGUGGCACUAAGUCUUAUUUUGCUAUGAAGGUUAUGGACAAAGCACAACUGGCAAGCCGUAAGAAACUGCUCCGGGCUCAGACAGAAAGAGAGAUACUACAAUGUUUGGACCAUCCGUUCCUUCCAACCUUGUAUUCUCAUUUUGAGACUGACAAAUUCUCAUGUUUGGUGAUGGAGUUUUGCCCAGGAGGUGACUUGCACACACUUCGGCAGAGGCAACCAGGAAAGCAUUUUUGUGAGCAGGCUGUUAAGUUCUAUGUAGCAGAGGUCCUCCUUGCUCUGGAAUACCUCCACAUGCUCGGGAUUGUCUACCGUGACCUCAAGCCCGAAAACGUCCUUGUGAGGGAAGAUGGACAUGUAAUGCUUUCCGACUUUGACCUCUCUCUCCGCUGCACUGUCAGCCCCACGCUCGUCAAGUCCACCGCCAUGGAGACUGACCCGUUGCGGAAAAAUGCUGUUUAUUGUGUCCAACCCGCUUGCAUUGAGCCAUCCUGUAUCCAGCCAUCAUGCAUGGUCUCAACCACUUGUUUCACUCCCCGCAUCUUUCAAAGUAAGUCCAAGAAAGAACGCAAACCCAAGAAUGAAAUUGGGAACCAAGUGAACCCGUUGCCCGAGCUUAUUGCUGAGCCAACAGGAGCGCGCUCAAUGUCAUUUGUUGGAACGCACGAGUACUUGGCGCCAGAGAUCAUUAAAGGCGAAGGGCAUGGCAGUGCGGUGGAUUGGUGGACAUUAGGCAUCUUUUUGUACGAGUUAUUGUUUGGCAAAACGCCUUUCAAGGGACCUGGAAACAGGGCCACACUCUUCAAUGUUGUCGGUCAGCCUCUGCGGUUUCCAGAGUCGCCUGUCGUCAGCUUUCAAGCGAGGGAUCUGAUAAGGGGGUUGCUGGUGAAAGAACCACAGCAUAGGUUGGCAUACAAACGAGGAGCAACCGAAAUCAAACAGCACCCCUUCUUCGAAGGUGUAAACUGGGCAUUGAUUCGUUGCGCAAGCCCACCCGAGAUCCCAAAGCCAGUUGAGAUAGAACGAAUUCCAGCUCCAACCACAUCAACCAGCGACAAGGCCAUGCCUGUCGUUGCAGCCAACCCUGAUCAGAAAGGUUCUGAUAAUUAUCUUGAAUUCGAUUUCUUUUGACCUGGUUUGCUAUUAUUUGUUCCUUCCUCAAGGAAAAGAUGUAGAGUAGUAGUUCCCCAAGUAUCUUCAGAAGCAGUGACUAUGAGGAUGAUGAUGAUGAUGAUGAUCAUUCAGGGUUUUUAUUAUAUCGACUGCCAGUGAUUCAUGGAUGUUUUCUUCUCUUCUUUCAUGUUGUUAUUAAACAGUUUCAAUAUUUGUUGUAUUGCAAAAGCUUGGAUGUUGAUGAUGAUGCUCUCUAUCAAUUCGGAAUGUGAAUUGAGUAAUUCA